AUGGGCCUCGACGUAGAGGUUGACGGCCACCAAACUGACAGUAGCGUCCACGACAAGGGAAACAAGGCCCAGGACUCGCAGCCCCCGACCGCCUUGCUAACUGUGGACGGGGACAGACCGGCAGUGCGGCCUGGGGAGCCCGAGGGAGGGGAAAUCGAUGCCCGAACACGCAGCCACUCAGGGGGGGAACCUCGAGAAACACCGCCCGAAGUGUUUGCGCCGCUGAGCCGGAUCUCGCAAAUGGCCAAGGCGAUGCAACGCGCCCGGUGUGCAACCGGCUGCACCCAUCGAGCUGUCGAGGUGUACAGACGCCUGCAUGCAUCGCCUGCCUCAAGAGGGGAGCCGGUUCAUAGCGCCUCUGCCGCCUGCUUCCACGGAGGCUCGGAUAAAGGACUGCUGAAGACAACGAGGUCUUCUGCCGGGGGCAUGACGCAAGUGGGGUGGCCGAGAUCCGAGGCAGAACGACGCGUCUCUUGCCUCGUGGAGAAAGUGUCUUGGGCGUGGACUUGUGUAGUGCUCCAGGCUCCUCGUCAAGAAGCCAUUCAUGCUCUCUUUAGCGAUCUUUCGUUCCUGUUUCGCCAACACCCGCGCCAACCACUCAGUCUACCGCCGCACCUGGUGGGAGGCUUCGCCUCCGUCCCAAUUCUCUCUGCUGAGGAGUGUGUGCUCAUUCGCCUCGCUGCAUUUCGGAGACAGCUCAGAGAAUCCGAGGCUGGAACACCACUUGGCCUGUUUCACUCCGAACUGGGGGCUAGAGAGAUGAGGCCGCGGAGCGCAGCUUCCGGGCGGGUCGCCGAGGCGGGACAGCCGACGACUUUUGCGUCUGCCGCAGUGUCUGGCGAGGCGGCAAAUGCAAACUCCGUCGACGCGUCUCAAUUUGAAGUCACCGAAGUCGGCUUUUGCUGGUAUCUUCUGGCGAUGAUUUAUGAGCGAGACGCACGCACAACAGCGGAGACAGCCGAGGAGCGUUCCGUGCUUCGUAGGUGUGCCGCAGUGUGUUACUUCCGCUGUAUCUUGGCCUGGCCCUUCACGCUGCAGAGCUGGGUGCGGCUCCUGCCGCUUCUUCUCUCCGAACCAGCCGCGCUGUAUUGCCUCUCUCUACUGGUUUACCUCCGUGGUGAGCGGCGGUGCACGAUCGAGGGGGAGUCCUUCCACGAGGGGAAGACGCUGACCGCCCCGUCAUUUCCCCUGUCUUCCCUACACGACGUUCUGCAUUUCCUCUUCUCCCCGGUGACCAUCUCCGAGAGCGCCUUCUUCGCCUUUUUCCCGCGGCUACCUUUGGAGGGGAACUCCGCGAGGGCGCAAGGUGUCCGCGGAGAAGACAGAGAAAUCUUCGUAUCGAUCCUCCAGCGCGUCGCUACGGUGCAGAUGUGCAUGGCGAGAGGGGAGGCCAAGGACGCCUUGGCUCUGCUCGAGGACUGGACCUUGCUUCCAGAAGGAAGCAGCUGCUUAGAGGAGAUCAUUGGCUGCUGCUACCUCCAGUCGGGUCAGCCCGAGCGCGGCGCCUGUUUCCUCUUACGGAGCGUCCAGCAAUACCAGCUUCUGGAGCAAGAGGAAGAGUGUCUCCGUCGUCGAGAAGGCGAGGAUCCGGAUGCUGAGAGUCGGAACGAAAUUGCCGAGGCCAGUCUGUGGAUCAAUUUGGAGCCACCGGAAGAAGCCGGGUGUCGGUGCAGUAGUGCGCUGUGGCAAAUCGGCCGGCGUCGAGCAGCGACAGCUCUCGUCGACUGGCUUCUUCAGCGUCCACGAGCUCAGGCAACUUCUCAGCUGUGGGGGGCGGUUGGAAACCUUCUGUCCCUCCAUCGCAAGUCCGAUGAAGCACUCAAAGCUCUCUUUCGCGCAGUUGAGCUGGCGGAUGAUUAUCCGUAUGCGUAUACGCUGUGCGCACACGAGCUGUUGCAGCGGAAUCAACGAGAGGAGGCUGAGGCCCUCAUAGAGCAUGGCCUGCGCUCGCGGGGUCUCCUCAAGUCCCUGCCGCUCCAUGCCCUAUCCCUCCUUCUCGAGCUCCACCGCCAGGCGAAAGCAGAGACCGAGAGAGGAAAGCGUUUUUCGCGGAACCUUAACCCAAAUGAAGAGGACCAGGAGCGGCUGGCGACCUUUCCGGGCUGUCUUGCAGAUCCGGCCGCGCUGAGGGAACUCGAGAGACUGCAGCAUCCCCAGACACUCAAGAAAAUAGCUGAGCAGCUUCUCCGCAUCGGACAGGCGAGACGUGCCUACACGCUCCUCCUUCGGGCUGUGCGUCUGUUGCCUGCCGACGGAGAGAUCUUCUACAGGCUGGGGUGCAUAAAGGCUGCCUUCCAGCAGUACGGGAACGCUCUUCAGUUCCUUCAACGGGCAGCCAAGCUUGCUCCCCUCGAUCCACGCGAAGCUUUCUCGCACCUCCAGGCGGCGUUACGGCUUACCACCGAUGCUAAGGAGCAGAAACGGAUCUCGGAGCAGGUCAUGGACCUGUGGAGCUGCAGUGACGUGACUGACGAGCUGCUGACCGGAGCCCACGGGUACGGUCGCGCACGAAAAUAUAGACCGGAAGGCGGAACAGAUCCAGCGGAUGAGAUCUACGUUGACAAUCUCCAGCCGGCGGAAACGGAUAUCACGCCGGAUGAAGUCGAACCCAGCAGGGCGGCUCUAUCGAAUGUCAACUCCGCUGGUGUAGACGCCCAGCACGCUUCUCACCAACAGAUGCAUUUUCAUCGGUUGACGGGGUUGCAUAGCGUAAAUGUAGCUCCUGCGUUGAGUUUGCUCGGAUCCGUCACGGGAAACAACGGAGCCAAUUCAGCAAGAGAAUGGGCCUCUAUGUGGCAGACGUCAGGUUUCUCUUGA